AUGACGGUCAUGGAUUUUGAUUCGUUAUAUCCAUCUAUAAAACUACCACCAUGUUUCUGUGCCCUAAGAGACUUUAUGCUUAACAACAUAGAGAAUUCUGAAAAAUACCGUAAGAACAUUCUGGAACUCACAGAAUUAAUCUGUCACACAUCCUUCUUCGAAUUUAAUGGAAAUAUUUUCUUACAAAACAGGGGAGUUCCUAUGGGCAGCCCUAUGUCACCCAUACUUUGCGAUCUGGUUUUAUGUCAACUAGAAAAUUCUUUAUUACCGGAAUUCAAGGAAGAAGUCAUUCUUUAUUCUAGAUACGUUGACGACGUAUUUAUUCUUUGGAAAGAUAAUAUCAACGUCCUUGCUUUCUUAAAUAACAUCAAUAAUAAUAACUACGGUUUAAAGUUGCGACUGGACCAGGAAGCUUUACUAAUGUCCAUUUCCUUGACGUCAACAUCAUAUGCAAAAGAGGUGAAAUAUGCACUAACAUCUACAGAAAACCGGGCCUAA